AUGGCGUCUGGGUCCGUCUACAUGUCAUCCAGUAUGGUGGGUAAGGCUCGCUCCUCCAACUUCACCUUGUCUGAGAAGCUGGACCUGCUGAAGCUGGUCCGCCCACACAUCCGCAUCCUGGAGGAGCACACCAACAAGCACGCCGUCAUCGUGGACAAGAACAAGUGCUGGGACACAGUGUCGGAGCAGUAUAACGUCCUGGGGGGGGACAGGCCCCCCCGCACUGCCCAAGGCCUACGCACCCUCUACAAGAGGCUGAAGGAGUCGGCCAAACAGGAAGUGAUGCAACGGAGACACUCCCAGCCAGAGUACAGAGGAAGUAUAUCUGAACCAACCAGGAGAGUGAUGGAGAUGAUACCUCACCUGUUCCAUCACGGAGCUAUCCACCAUGAUAAAGACCCUGCGACGAUGCACAGGUGAGACACACACACACACACACACACAGGAUACUCUGUAGAGCUCUACUAAUAACUACCAGAGGAGAGGGGAGGGGCUGCUCUGUAGAGCUCUACUAAUAACUACCAGAGGAGAGGGGAGGGGCUGCUCUGUAGAGCUCUACCAGUAACUAGAGGAGAGGGGAGGGGCUGCUCUGUAGAGCUCUACUAAUAGCUAGAGGAGAGGGGAGGGGCUGCUCUGUAGAGCUCUACCAGUAACUAGAGGAGAGGGGAGGGGCUGCUCUGUAGAGCUCUACUAGUAACUAGAGGAGAGGGGAGGGGCUGCUCUGUAGAGCUCUACCAGUAACUAGAGGAGAGGGGAGGGGCUGCUCUGUAGAGCUCUACUAGUAACUAGAGGAGAGGGGAGGGGCUGCUCUGUAGAGCUCUACUAGUAACUAGAGGUGAGGGGAGGGGCUGCUUUGUAGAGCUCUACUAAUAGCUAGAGGAGAGGGGAGGGGCUGCUCUGUAGAGAAAUACUAGUAGUUAGAGGAGAGGGGAGGGGCUGCUCUGUAGAGCUCUACUAUUAACUAGAGGAGAGGGGAAGGGCUGCUCUGUAGAGAAAUACUAGUAACUAGAUUGGAGGGGAGGGGCUGCUCUGUAAAGAAAUACUAGUAGCUAGAGGAGAGGGGAGGGGCUGCUCUGUAGAACUCUACUAUUAACUAGAGGGGAGGGGCUGCUCUGUAGAGCUCUACUAUUAACUAGAGGAGAGGGGAGGGGCUGCUCUGUAGAGCUCUACUAGUAACUAGAUGGGAGGGGAGGGGCUGCUCUGUAGAGAAAUACUAGUAGCUAGAGGGGAGGGGAGGGGCUGCUCUGUAGAACUCUACUAUUAACUAGAGGGGAGGGGCUGCUCUGUAGAGCUCUACUAUUAACUAGAGGAGAGGGGAGGGGCUGCUCUGUAGAGCUCUACUAGUAACUAGAUGGGAGGGGAGGGGCUGCUCUGUAGAGAAAUACUAGUAGCUAGAGGAGAGGGGAGGGGCUGCUCUGUAGAACUCUACUAUUGACUAGAGGGGAGGGGCUGCUCUGUAGAGCUCUACUAUUAACUAGAGGAGAGGGGAGGGGCUGCUCUGUAGAGCUCUACCAGUAACUAGAGGAGAGGGGAGGGGCUGCUCUGUAGAGCUCUACUAGUAACUAGAGGAGAGGGGAGGGGCUGCUCUGUAGAGCUCUACUAGUAACUAGAGGUGAGGGGAGGGGCUGCUUUGUAGAGCUCUACUAAUAGCUAGAGGAGAGGGGAGGGGCUGCUCUGUAGAGAAAUACUAGUAGUUAGAGGAGAGGGGAGGGGCUGCUCUGUAGAGCUCUACUAUUAACUAGAGGAGAGGGGAGGGGCUGCUCUGUAGAGCUCUACUAGUAACUAGAUGGGAGGGGAGGGGCUGCUCUGUAGAGAAAUACUAGUAGCUAGAGGAGAGGGGAGGGGCUGCUCUGUAGAACUCUACUAUUAACUAGAGGGGAGGGGCUGCUCUGUAGAGCUCUACUAUUAACUAGAGGAGAGGGGAGGGGCUGCUCUGUAGAGCUCUACUAGUAACUAGAUGGGAGGGGAGGGGCUGCUCUGUAGAGAAAUACUAGUAGCUAGAGGGGAGGGGAGGGGCUGCUCUGUAGAACUCUACUAUUAACUAGAGGGGAGGGGCUGCUCUGUAGAGCUCUACUAUUAACUAGAGGAGAGGGGAGGGGCUGCUCUGUAGAGCUCUACUAGUAACUAGAUGGGAGGGGAGGGGCUGCUCUGUAGAGAAAUACUAGUAGCUAGAGGAGAGGGGAGGGGCUGCUCUGUAGAACUCUACUAUUGACUAGAGGGGAGGGGCUGCUCUGUAGAGCUCUACUAUUAACUAGAGGAGAGGGGAGGGGCUGCUCUGUAGAGCUCUACUAGUAACUAGAGGUGAGGGGAGGGGCUGCUUUGUAGAGCUCUACUAAUAGCUAGAGGAGAGGGGAGGGGCUGCUCUGUAGAGAAAUACUAGUAGUUAGAGGAGAGGGGAGGGGCUGCUCUGUAGAGCUCUACUAUUAACUAGAGGAGAGGGGAGGGGCUGCUCUGUAGAGCUCUAUUAGUAACUAGAGGAGAGGAGCUCUACUAGUAACUAGAGGAGAGGGGAGGGGCUGCUCUGUAGAGCUCUACCAGUAACUAGAGGAGAGGGGAGGGGCUGCUCUGUAGAGCUCUACUAGUAACUAGAGGAGAGGGGAGGGGCUGCUCUGUAGAGCUCUACUAGUAACUAGAGGUGAGGGGAGGGGCUGCUUUGUAGAGCUCUACUAAUAGCUAGAGGAGAGGGGAGGGGCUGCUCUGUAGAGAAAUACUAGUAGUUAGAGGAGAGGGGAGGGGCUGCUCUGUAGAGCUCUACUAUUAACUAGAGGAGAGGGGAAGGGCUGCUCUGUAGAGCUCUACUAGUAACUAGAUUGGAGGGGAGGGGCUGCUCUGUAAAGAAAUACUAGUAGCUAGAGGAGAGGGGAGGGGCUGCUCUGUAGAACUCUACUAUUAACUAGAGGGGAGGGGCUGCUCUGUAGAGCUCUACUAUUAACUAGAGGAGAGGGGAGGGGCUGCUCUGUAGAGCUCUACUAGUAACUAGAUGGGAGGGGAGGGGCUGCUCUGUAGAGAAAUACUAGUAGCUAGAGGAGAGGGGAGGGGCUGCUCUGUAGAACUCUACUAUUAACUAGAGGGGAGGGGCUGCUCUGUAGAGCUCUACUAUUAACUAGAGGAGAGGGGAGGGGCUGCUCUGUAGAGCUCUACUAGUAACUAGAUGGGAGGGGAGGGGCUGCUCUGUAGAGAAAUACUAGUAGCUAGAGGAGAGGGGAGGGGCUGCUCUGUAGAACUCUACUAUUGACUAGAGGGGAGGGGCUGCUCUGUAGAGCUCUACUAUUAACUAGAGGAGAGGGGAGGGGCUGCUCUGUAGAGCUCUACUAGUAACUAGAGGUGAGGGGAGGGGCUGCUUUGUAGAGCUCUACUAAUAGCUAGAGGAGAGGGGAGGGGCUGCUCUGUAGAGAAAUACUAGUAGUUAGAGGAGAGGGGAGGGGCUGCUCUGUAGAGCUCUACUAUUAACUAGAGGAGAGGGGAGGGGCUGCUCUGUAGAGCUCUAUUAGUAACUAGAUUGGAGGGGAGGGGCUGCUCUGUAAAGAAAUACUAGUAGCUAGAGGAGAGGGGAGGGGCUGCUCUGUAGAACUCUACUAUUAACUAGAGGGGAGGGGCUGCUCUGUAGAGCUCUACUAUUAACUAGAGGAGAGGGGAGGGGCUGCUCUGUAGAGCUCUACUAGUAACUAGAUGGGAGGGGAGGGGCUGCUCUGUAGAGAAAUACUAGUAGCUAGAGGAGAGGGGAGGGGCUGCUCUGUAGAGCUCUACUAUUAACUAGAGGAGAGGGGAGGGGCUGCUCUGUAGAGCUCUUCAAGAGAGGAGAGGGGAGGGGCUGCUAACGAUCUCUGUUAUUGGGCCUGCUCCAAAAUCUUUGCCCAUACUGGAAAAAAGCUACAGAGGAGCGUAACAGAGAUCGAGAACUGGGCCAAUCUGUGGCGGGUCAAGCUCAACCCCUGAAGACCCAGUGCAUCCUCUUCUUCAGAAACCCCAAAAGAACCAAGCAAGUACACCUUAAACUGUAUGGACAGGCACUCCAGACGACCCCAGCGGCUAAGUUCCUUGGGGUCACAUUUCAAGAAAACAUGUCCUGGAGUGCCCACAUAGAGUGCCUGGAGAAGGAGUGGAAGCGACUGUACCACCUGAGGGUACUCUGCAGAAGAGGAGGAGGAGCCACAUCAGGAACAGCUGUCAGAGUGUACCCGAGCUACAUCCAGCCGCUCUGAGUAUGAUACACCAGCCUGGUGGAACGUGGGGAGGUCUCAUGUCAGAAAACUUCAGACGAUUCAACACCUUGCCAUCAAGAUGGCGUACAAACUCCCCACGUACACAAACACACACUACAUACAUGAAGUUUCAGGACUGAGAACAGUAGAGGAGAGGAUGGUUGUUCUGGGGGCGGAGGUUUACACUCAGGUUGGUGGACAAUCCAUCUCUGAAACCCAUGAUUCGGGAGGAACAAAGCUGGCCCGCCCCCAGAUUUUUAUCCAGCACCCCCCUCUCCAUGCUUCUUAAAUAUUGAGCAUAUGUACCACUUUUAAACCAUUAGAGUGGAUAUCUGAUGCAUUCUAUUGUGAAUUUAUCCACUCUUACUCCUGCUGAAAGGCACUGCAAUAGAAGCAGACAUUUUAACAACCUAAAAGCGGUUUUACUGCACUUUAAACCCAUUAAAGUUUUUUUUAAUCAAAUCAAGUUGAGAAAAUAAAGGAGAACACCCCCCCUUGCUCUGUAGAGCUCUACCAGUAACUAGAGGAGAGGGGAGGGGCUGCUCUGUAGAGCUCUACCAGUAACUAGAGGAGAGGGGCUGCUCUGUAGGGCUCUACCAGUAACUAGAGGAGAGGGGAGGGGCUGCUCUGUAGAGCUCUACCAGUAACUAGAGGAGAGGGGAGGGGCUGCUCUGUAGAGCUCUACCAGUAACUAGAGGAGAGGGGAGGGGCUGCUCUGUAGAGCUCUACUAGUAACUAGAGGAGAGGGGAGGGGCUGCUCUGUAGAGCUCUACCAGUAACUAGAGGAGAGGGGAGGGGCUGCUCUGUAGAGCUCUACCAGUAACUAGAGGAGAGGGGAGGGGCUGCUCUGUAGGGCUCUACCAGUAACUAGAGGAGAGGGGAGGGGCUGCUCUGUAGAGCUCUACCAGUAACUAGAGGAGAGGGGAGGGGCUGCUCUGUAGAGCUCUACCAGUAACGAGAGGGGAGGGGCUGCUCUGUAGGGCUCUACCAGUAACUAGAGGAGAGGGGAGGGGCUGCUCUGUAGAGCUCUACCAGUAACUAGAGGAGAGGGGAGGGGCUGCUCUGUAGAACUGUGCACAGAGCUAACCCCAAUCAGUUUACACACAAACACAAACACACUCCUCAUGCUCACACUCUUAACAAACGCACACGCUCAUUCAGCCUAAAGUAUUUGGUUCCGAUUUAAAAACUGACAUUUUAUUUCAGCGAUGAUAAUGCAAUAACAACAUUCUCCCUGCACAGCGAAAAGUGAUAUUGAAUAGAAAAAUGUUAUCUUCUCUUCAUAAUGUAAAUGCUGAACAUGCUUUCUGGCUGUGCAGGAAUGUUUUUUAUUUUAUUACCUCAGUCAACAAACAAAACACAAUCCACAUUGACAGAUGUGGCAGACAUAAAUAACAUAAGAAAAUGAAUGAAAAAUAAAACAAAACAACAUUUUCAGCAGCACUAUCAGUAAUCAUGUUUGAUAUUUAUUAUAUACACUGAGUUUACCAAACAUUAGGAACGCCUUCCUAAUAUGUAGUUUCACAUAUACAUACACACAUUUCCUUAAUCACCCCAUUCACUCUGUCCAGUUUGAAAUAUAGUUGAGUAGUGGAGACCAGAGUCUAUCAGACCCGGGCUGUCUCUUGCAGAGGUCAUAGGUCAGCUUUUCAAGGGGCAGAAAGUCAACAAUCUGGUCAAUCCGCAUUUUAAACGUAGGAGAGAUAUUAGAAGCCCACAGUAGGCGAAUGCAUUUUUUAGCAAAGUAUGAGAUGGUCAUAAAAAGGGUUUUAUGAAGAAUGUUUUUGACAGUCCCGAAGACCGGUUGUGUUAAAUACUCUCAAUACCCCCUCCCACCUAAUGCCACUUAUAAAUGUAUGGCUGUAGUAAUAAAGCUGUAUUCUACUCCAUAUGCUCGCUGUAGGAUGAUGUAUAAUAAUGAUAUAGUAAUAAAACUGCAUUAUACUUUUUAACUCCAGGUUGAUGUAUAAGCAUGAAUCUGUAGGAUGAUGUAUAAGGGUGACUACAGUAAUAAAGCUGUAUUCUACUGUUUAUCUGCAGGAUGAUGUAUAAUGAUAUAUAGUUAUAAAGCUGUAUUCUACUGUUUAUCUGCAGGAUGAUGUAUAAGCAUGACUCUCCCAUGGAGCAGCCUGGCAGCAGCUCCUCCCUCCCAGAAUACCCAUCAAACCCCAUCACCCACCACCUGGACCAGGAUGUGAUCAGGCUGGACCAGGAUGUGAUCAGGCUGGACCAGGAAGUGGACGUGAAGCCUCCGCCAGACCUGACCAUCCUCUCCACGCGUGUGGGGGCGGUGCUAGGAGGCGAGGGGGGGGAGGAGGAGGAAGAUGAGGAGUUGGGCAGUGUCCAUGGUUACGACGGCUCCCUCUCUCCCUGCCCAUCCUCCGUCGCCCUGCCCCUCUCCACCUCACCCGUUCCCCUGCAACGUGACCUUUACCCUCAUGACCACUACCCCCGCCGUGACCCUGACAGGCUCCACCCCCUUCAGCUGGCCGAGGAGCACGAGCAGGUCAUGGCCAAUCACAGAAAGAUGGGCGUAUACCUGGAGGAGAAGAGGGAGGGGCUAAAGAGGAAGCAGGAACUGGAAGAAGAGCUUAUGAGAGCGAAAAUCAAAGUAGAGAAACUGAGGGCAGCCAGGCUGAGACAUGGACUACCACUGCCCCUAUAA